AUGUAUUUAUUAGCCCCUAAUCUUCGGAGACGUGGUGGAAGACAAGCUAUUUCAAAUACAAGGUCCUUCUGGGAAAAUACAACUAUUCCAUAUACAUUCAAUGUGGCACAAACGAAUGAUGAAUGGCGAAAAAGCAUACAAAAUGCUCACAGACAUAUUGAAGGCCUAACUUGUUUUCGUUUUGUUCAUUACGAGAAUGAAAGAGAGUUGGGAAAUAAAGACUAUCUUCAGUAUUUUCGUGGAGGUGGAUGUUGGUCUCAAAUUGGGCGUAUUGGUGGUCGACAGCCUAUAUCUAUUGGUUAUGGUUGUGAAUCUUUGGGUAUUGUUGCUCAUGAAACAUUGCAUGCCCUUGGUUUAUGGCAUGAACAGUCGAGAACCGAUAGAGAUAAUCACAUCCGCGUCAAUUUUGAUGCUGUUAUGCCUGGAACAGAAUCGAAUUUCGAAAAGCGAUCAGCGCAAACAGUUGAUAAUAUGGAUCAACCAUAUGAUCUUGGCUCUACAAUGCAUUAUGGAUCCAAGGCAUUCAGUAACGAUGCUAAAAGGCAUAUACAUGACAAAUAUCAUUGUUUAAAGCUUUUAUAG